UGUCACGUGACUCGCCGGCAGCACCAUGGCGGAAGCGGAGGAGCAGGAAACCGGGUCUCUCGAGGAAUCUACAGAUGAGUCUGAGGAAGAAGAGAGCGAAGAGGAGCCCAAACUUAAGUAUGAAAGGCUCUCCAAUGGGGUGACCGAAAUCCUUCAGAAGGAUGCCGCCAGCUGCAUGACAGUCCAUGACAAGUUCCUGGCUCUGGGCACACAUUAUGGCAAGGUUUAUUUACUUGACGUCCAGGGGAACAUCACUCAGAAGUUCGAUGUGAGUCCUGUGAAGAUAAAUCAGAUUAGCCUGGAUGAAAGUGGAGAACACAUGGGCGUGUGUUCAGAGGAUGGCAAGGUGCAGGUGUUUGGACUGUAUUCUGGAGAAGAAUUUCACGAGACUUUUGACUGUCCCAUUAAAAUCAUCGCUGUACACCCGCAUUUCUUGAGAUCCAGCUGCAAGCAGUUUGUGACCGGAGGGAAGAAGUUGCUGCUCUUCGAGCGCUCUUGGAUGAGCAGGUGGAAGUCUUCCGUUCUGCACGAAGGGGAAGGGAACAUCAGGAGUGUGAAGUGGAGAGGCCAUCUGAUCGCCUGGGCCAAUAAUAUGGGUGUGAAGAUUUUUGACAUCACCUCCAAACAGAGAAUCACCAACGUGCCCCGGGAUGAUAUAAGUCUGCGCCCCGAUAUGUACCCCUGCAGCCUCUGCUGGAAGGACAGCGUGACCCUGAUUAUCGGCUGGGGGACGUCUGUCAAGAUUUGCUCGGUGAAGGAACGGCACGCCAGUGAGAUGAGGGACUUGCCAAGUCGAUACGUUGAAAUAGCGUCUCAGUUUGAAACUGAAUUCCACGUCAGCGGACUGGCACCUCUCUGCGAUCAGCUCGUUGUGCUUUCCUACGUAAAGGAGGUUUCAGAGAAAACGGAAAGAGAAUACUGCGCCAGGCCCAGACUGGAUAUUAUCCAGCCACUUCCCGAGACGUGUGAAGAGAUCUCUUCUGAUGCUCUGACAGUGAGAGGCUUUCAGGAGAAUGAAUGCAGAGAUUAUCACUUAGAGUACUCAGAAGGGGAGUCACUCUUCUACAUCGUGAGCCCAAGAGAUGUCGUCGUAGCCAAGGAGCGGGACCAAGACGACCACAUCGACUGGCUCCUUGAAAAGAAGAAAUACGAAGAAGCUCUGAUGGCAGCUGAAAUUAGCCAGAAGAACAUUAAAAGACAUAAGAUUCUGGACAUUGGCUUGGCGUAUGUAAACCACCUGGUGGAGAAAGGAGAGUAUGACGUAGCGGCACGCAAAUGCCAGAAAAUUCUUGGGAAAAAUGCAGCGCUCUGGGAAUACGAAGUUUAUAAAUUUAAAGAAAUUGGACAGCUUAAGGCUAUCAGUCCUUAUUUGCCAAGAGGGGAUCCAGUUCUGAAACCACUCAUCUAUGAAAUGAUCUUACACGAAUUUUUGGAAAGCGAUUAUGAGGGCUUUGCCACGUUGAUCCGGGAAUGGCCCGGAGAUCUGUACAACAAUUCGGUGAUGGUUCAAGCAGUCCGAGAUCAUCUGAAGAAAGACAGUCAGAACAGGACCUUACUUAAAACCCUGGCAGAACUGUACACCUAUGACAAAAACUAUGGCAACGCUCUGGAAAUAUACUUGACGUUAAGACAUAAGGAUGUUUUCCAGUUGAUCCACAAGCAUAAUCUUUUCAGUUCUAUCAAGGAUAAAAUUGUCUUAUUAAUGGAUUUUGAUUCUGAGAAAGCUGUUGACAUGCUUCUGGACAAUGAGGAUAAAAUUUCAAUUAAAAAGGUUGUGGAAGAAUUAGAAGACAGACCAGAGUUGCAGCACGUGUAUCUGCAUAAGCUGUUCAAAAGAGACCAUCACAAGGGGCAGGCCUACCAUGAAAAGCAGAUCAGCCUCUACGCGGAAUACGAUCGACCAAACCUGCUUCCAUUUCUCCGAGACAGCAUCCAUUGCCCCCUUGAGAAGGCUCUUGAGAUCUGUCAACAGAGAAACUUUGUGGAAGAGACAGUUUAUCUUCUGAGCCGCAUGGGGAAUAGCCGAAGUGCCCUGAAGAUGAUCAUGGAGGAAUUACACGAUGUUGACAAAGCCAUUGAAUUUGCCAAGGAGCAGGACGAUGGGGAGCUCUGGGAAGACCUGAUUUUAUAUUCCAUCGACAAACCACCGUUUAUCACUGGCUUGCUCAACAACAUUGGCACGCAUGUUGACCCCAUUCUCCUGAUUCACCGCAUUAAGGAAGGAAUGGAGAUUCCCAAUUUGAGAGACUCCUUGGUUAAAAUUCUGCAAGACUACAACUUACAAAUUCUGCUUCGUGAAGGCUGCAAGAAGAUUCUCGUAGCUGACUCUCUCUCCUUACUCAAGAAGAUGCACCGAACUCAGAUGAAAGGCGUGCUGGUCGACGAGGAGAACAUCUGUGAGUCAUGCCUGUCCCCUGUUCUUCCGUCAGCUUCUCACUGCUGUGUAGUUCCAGGCAUCCAAGUUAUCUCGCAUUUCAAUGAAAACGUAAUUACUUGCCAUCUCACUGGAAUGGUGACUCCUGAAAAAGACAUACACGUUUGUUUAUUUACAGUUCUCGGUACAGAUCUUCACAUAAUCAAAGCAUUUUUUGUUAAGGAUCAUAAGACAUGAAAAGAGGAAAUUUCAUAAUUUGAAAGCAGAAAUUAAAGCACUGUCGUCAGGAUGCUAAAAAAUGCCUCUUGCACGUAAGGGCUGCCUAGAGGAGUACCAAAAGACCUUGUCUGCCCAUUUACUGAGCUUUGAGGGGUUAUGCAGCAGGGCAGGAGCACAAGAAGUCAUUCCACUUCGGGUCUUUGCCGGAGGUUAAAAACCGCAGUGGGCGCAGGAAGCGGUGAGCUUUUGUAGCGUUUUCACUGAAAGAGCCCACGUGCCCCGCACUGCGUGGUCGGCUCAGAUUCCUAAUCUGUGAGGGAUUCUCAGUCUUACCGGAACCAAGCUGGCCACACUGAGCCAGGACGGGCCGCAGCCUAGGGUUUUAGCGGCUCUGCCCUGACGUCAGUGGGUGAUCUUGGCAAAGGCAGCAGGUAACUGGCAGAAAGCAUCCUACAAUCGACUAGAGUAUGUGGAGUGUAUCAUGAUGGUGUGGGCGGGGCUGGGGGAGGGAAAGCCAGGCACAUACACCCCUGAUGCACGUGUUUACAACAAAUGCUGUCGCCUGUGCCGUGAAACUGUCCCCAGCGCGUAGCUGCAGUAACUAACUCGGGGGCCAGGCAGGUGAGCUGGGACAACCAGAGCCACACGACUGUCAUGCCUGCCCCGCGUUCAACCAUGUCCCCCGGCAGGAGUGCGUGUGUAAAUCAGCAAUCCCCCAAGGCAGCUCAUUUGCUGGAAAAUUAAACUGCUGCUGUUGCGCUGAACUCUCCUCCCUCUUCUGCCCUGCC